AGUGUACUGAUGAACCAUAAAUCCAAAAUGAAGAGAAGGUUUGAGAGUAUAUCUGAAGGCAUCAUAAGAACAGGGACACAAACACUCCUGAACAAGAUCUACACAGAGCUCUACAUCACUGAGGGAGAAAGUGAAGAUGUGAAUAACGAACAUGAAGUUUGGCAGGUAGAAGCAGCAUCCAGACCACAAACUACAGACGACACAGCCAUCAACUGUAAUGACAUCUUCAAGCCAUUAACAGGACAGGAUAAAUGCACCAGGACUGUCAUGACCAAAGGGAUUGCUGGCAUCGGAAAAACAGUGUCAGUACAGAAAUUCAUCCUUGACUGGGCAGAAGAGAAUGAUAAUCAGGAUGUGGAUUUCAUGUUUGUGCUUCCAUUCCGAGAGCUGAAUUUAGUCAAAGAUGCUCAAUACAGUCUUCACAGACUCCUGCUUGACUUCCACCCUGAGCUUAGUGAGUUGGAAAAUAGUGAAUACAAAGAUUGCAACAUCAUAUUCAUCUUUGAUGGUCUGGAUGAGAGUCGACUUCCACUGAAUUUUCAAAAGAACCAGCAGUUGUCAGAUGUAACAGAACUGUCACCCGUGGAUGUGCUGAUGACAAGCCUCAUUCAAGGAGCCCUGCUUCCCUCGGCUCGAAUCUGGAUAACCUCCAGACCAGCAGCAGCCAGUCAGGUCCCUUCCCAGUGUGUGGAUCUGGUGACAGAAAUACGAGGGUUCAGUGACCCACAGAAGGAAGAGUACUUCAGGAAGAGGAUCAGUGACUACAGUCUAGCCGACAGACUCAUCACACACAUUAAAGCAUCCAGAAGCCUCUUCAUUAUGUGCCACAUGCCAGUCUUCUGUUGGAUCACCGCCACUGUCCUUCAGCAAAUACUGGAAGAAGAAGAUGGGAGGGAAGCCCCUAAAACCCUGACAGAGAUGUUCAUACACUUCCUGCUCAUCCAGACCACCAGGAAGCAACAGAAGUAUCAAGAGGAAACUGAAGCAGAUAGGCAGAGGCUUCUAGAAUCCCACAAGAGCGUCAUUCUGAAACUGGCAGAGCUGGCUUUCACACACCUGGAGAAUGGCAAUCUCAUGUUCUAUGAAGAAGACCUGAGACAGUGUGGCAUUGAUGUCAGUGAAGCAUCAGUGUACUCCGGCAUGUGCACUGAGAUUUUCAGGGAGGAAUGUGUGUUUGAACACCAGAAGGUUUACUGCUUUGUCCACCUGAGCAUCCAAGAGUUUCUGGCUGCUUUGCAUGUGUUCUCAUCUUAUCUAAAUAAGAAUUCGGAGGUCUUGGGACAGUUUGUGAAAAGAAAGGACAGCAUAGCAACAUUGCCACUUGAUGAGCUGUUGAAGAGUGCAGUGAACAAAGCUUUGGUAAGCAAGAAUGGGCAUCUUGAUUUGUUUGUUCGUUUCCUUCAUGGAAUUUCCCUGACGUCAAAUCAUGGACUCCUGCUUGGCCUCUUGACUCAUACCCACAGCAGCCCAGAGAGUGUGAAGAAAACAAUCAAGAACCUGAAGGUGAUGCAGAGACCAAACAUCUCCCCCGAGAGGUGCAUCAAUCUCUUCCACUGCCUGGUUGAAAUGCAUGACUCGUCUGUCCAUGAUGAAAUACACGCUUACCUCAAGGCAGAGAAGGGAUCAGUCAAACAGCUUUCACUGGCUCACUGCUCUGCCUUGGCACAUGUGCUUCUGAUGUCUGACGGGGUGAUGGAUGAGUUUGAUAUAAGAAAAUACAAAUCCUCUCCAGAGGGUAUCAGGAGACUGGUCCCAGUUAUACGAUGCUGCAGAAAAGCUGUGUGA